AUGAGUAAGCAUAAAAGAAUAACCCCUCAAAAGUUCACCACCGAUUUGGAGACUGCGCUGGACCAACUGCCAAGCCAAGGCAAUCAUUUCUUCUGGCUCGAUUUCAUCGACACAAUCAACACAAACCGGAAAGGUUUCGACUUGAAGGCUCUCUUAAAAACUGAAAAGUUUCGUUACAACAUAGGUGUGUACAGCAAAGUUGAAAACCUCACAAUCUUCCUCACUCAGUCCAACAUCAACUGUUCGAAGGCCAAUCUUGAUAGACUGGUCAUGAAACACACAGUCGAUAAGGAAUUCUAUAAAAAAGCAUACGGUCAUCUCAUUAAUUUCUUCUACAGCGGCAUCGUCGUCAACAACUGCGACAUGACUUGCUCCAUAAUCAGCUUCCUGACAUCCAUCAUCAACGAUGCCAACUUGUACGUCAGUCUAUGCAGCAACCGGAGGCCACUUUUUCGCCUCUUUCAUACGGACAAGAAAAAUAAAACUCAAAAAAGUCCAGACAGAAAAACUACUUUUCAGCCGUAUAUUAUCAAAGCCAUCAACAUGAUAUAUAAUCUCAUUAAGUUUCUCAACUAUGGCUGCAUACAUCUCGUCUUCGUACCAGAGAAUGAUGGCGACACGAUUGCUCGCUACUAUCGAUAUAUGUUUUACAACUGGCUCUUUCCUUGCGUACUAACCGAAACAUUCGACUACCUUGACGACGUGAUGAUGAGAAAGACACGCACAGCAGACGCGUACAAACGCGGACCCACACUCUACCUCCUAAUGAUGAGGUUUGAAAGAGCAGUGCAAUAUCUGGAGAUCUAUGGAGACAAAAACUUCUUCUAUAAGAAGGUUCCGAUCAUUUUCACAUCCACUUACAGACCGACAGAAGAUGGAAUCAAACGAUUUCCUAUCUUAAAGAAAUUGGUUGACAUAUUUUUUCUCUAA